CGUAGUUGGAGGCAUUCAGUCCCGCGGAACAGCGCCAGCUCCAUGAGCAUCGCCUGCCGGGCCAGUCAUGAUGCGUCUUCCGGAGCUCGCAGUUUUUGAUCUGGAUUACACGCUCUGGCCUUUCUGGGUUGACACGCACGUAGACCCCCCGUUCCACAAGAGCAGUGAUGGAACUAUACGAGAUAGGCGGGGUCAGAACGUCCGACUGUACCCGGAGGUGCCCGAGGUCCUGGAACGAUUGCAGGGUCUUGGGGUGAGCGUCGCAGCAGCUUCACGGACAGGUGAGAUAGAAGGAGCCAAGCAGCUACUAGAACUCUUUGACCUUGACAGAUACUUUAUUCAUCGGGAAAUCUAUCCAGGCAGCAAGGUCACACACUUUGAGAGGUUGCAGCAGAAGACUGGAAUUCCUUUCUCCCAGAUGGUCUUCUUUGAUGAUGAGAAUCGAAAUAUUGCAGAUGUGGGCAAACUUGGUGUUACCUGCAUUCAUAUCCAGAAUGGAAUGAGUCUUCAAACCCUAAUUCAAGGGUUAGAGAUGUUUGCAAAGACCCAAGCUGGGUCCUGAGACCCAAACCUGUGGAUAAGCAUCAUUUGAGGUCUCAAACUGAAAUCAAAAAGGCAUUUUCAAAAAGCCAACUUUGUGUUGGAGAGAUGGCUAAGUGGUUAAGGUGUUUGCCCAAUAAAGCCCAACAACUCGAGUUCAGUUUCCCAGUACCCAUGUAAAACCAGAUGCACAAAGUAGUGCAUGCAUCUGC